GAGGAAGAAGGGGCACGGAGGGCCAAAAGGAAAACCAGGAGAAAGAGCAAACACCUGCUGGCAGACGUGAGCAACAGGUGGCAAGAGCCAUGCAAUUCUCCAGCUCAGCCAGGGCAGCGGAUGAGAACUUUGACUAUUUGUUCAAGAUUAUCCUCAUCGGGGAUUCCAAUGUGGGCAAGACGUGUGUCGUGCAGCAUUUCAAGUCCGGGGUCUACACGGAGGCACAGCAGAACACGAUCGGGGUGGACUUCACUGUGCGUGCCCUGGAGAUUGACGGCAAGAAAGUGAAGAUGCAGGUGUGGGACACCGCCGGCCAGGAGCGUUUCCGGACCAUCACCCAGAGCUACUACCGAAGUGCCCAUGCGGCCAUCAUCGCCUAUGACCUCACCCGGCGGUCCACAUUCGAGUCUGUUCCUCAUUGGAUUCAUGAGAUAGAGAAAUACGGAGCAGCCAACUUGGUCAUCAUGCUGAUUGGGAACAAGUGUGACCUGUGGGAAAAACGCCACGUUCUCUUUGAGGAUGCCUGCAUCCUGGCUGAGAAAUACGGCCUCCUGGCUGUUCUGGAGACAUCUGCCAAGGAGUCCAAGAACAUCGAUGAGGUCUUCGUGCUGAUGGCCAGGGAGCUGAUGGCCCGCCACAGCCUGCCCUUGCACGGGGAGGGUGCCCCGGGCAGCCUCCCACUGGAGUCCACUCCGGUCCUCAUGGCCCCAGCUCCGAGGGAGAAGAAUCAGUGCACCUGCUGACUGUUUUCUACUGAACUUUGCCUCUCGCUUGGAGAAGUGAGCAGUGAAGGAAAGAAGAAGAGAGGAUUAUCGAGAGGGAAGAGGAUGUUUGGAACAUUCUAGAGUGGUUUAAAACAGUGUGGGCACAGGAGGAUGGGGGAAAAGCCUGCCAUGAUGACCAGAUGUUGUUAACUUUUUUGCUUCCUGACAUUCACACUUUGAGUCUUAGUUUGGGGAGCAAAGCCUUUUGAGCUGAAGACCAUAAAUACUGUCUUGCCAAAUGGUCAGGAGCCAUGUGAUGGAGAGAGAGUUGGAUUUCACUUUAUCCUAGUUGGGCUGAUUGGACCAGACUCCUAGGGUGUGGGAGAUGCAUACGAUUUCUUUCUAAAACACCCAGUUAUCUGUGGGAUCAAAAAUUAGUUCUGAAUUGAAAUUAAAUUGGCUCAUAGACAUGUAUCAAACCAAUACUAACGUCACUGUGUGGCUGGGGCAAGCCAUGUACCCUGUGGAACCUGUAAGUCAUAAACCUCGUUUUUUCAAAGCUCCCCAAGGGUUGCUGCUGAGGGUGUCUUGCAAUCCUAAUAAGAACUACAAGGGCUGGUCCAGACACAAAACUAGCUCUAAAAGGGGAAAUGUCUAUGGGGGGCUCACCCAGGGUGCAGGUGAGGCUUCCCAGGCAUUUCAAGCCUUAGCAUCACUAUCCAUAGGCUGAGACCAGCUCUAAACAAACAGCCACUAGCCAUGUAUGAUGACUAAACACUUAAAAUGUGGUAAAUUUGAAUUUGAGAUGAACUGAAUGUAAAAUAUAUACCAGAUUUUUCUAAAUUUCUAGUUAAUUUAUUUUUAAUUGGAGGACAAUUGCUUUACAAUAUUGUGUUGAUUCCUGCCAUACAUCAACAUGAAUCAGCCAUAGGUAUAUGUCCCCUCCCUCUUGAACCUCUCUCCCACUUCUCACCCCAUAUAUACCAGAUUUUGAAGACUUAGUACAAAAAAAAAAUGUAAACUAUCUUCCUAAUAAUUUUUAUAUUGAUUAUAUGUUAAAAUGAUAGUUUAGAUUUUCUAGGUUAAAUAAAAUAUAUAUUAACAUUUCA